GGUUCGGGUUUGCAGGUGCUCUGCCGUUGCUACCUGUCUGUACGGAAGGCGCGCAAGGACUUCCGCCACAACUUCACGUGCCGUGUUCGCUGUGCUAGCUGCAACCAACUGCCUUUGCUCCGCAACCAACGAGCUAUUUAGCACGCUCAAGGUGUUCAGGACCGUCAAAUUUUAGGUGCGAAUAUUGCUACGCUCAACCGCUUGCUAUGGAGGGGCAGUACAAUCUCCGCAGCCCAGCCGUGAAGCGUCUUAUGCGAGAGGCCCAGGAGCUGCACGAAGCGACGGAAGAGUAUUUUGCGCAACCAUUGGAAGAUAAUCUGUUUGAGUGGCACUUCACUGUGCGUGGGCCGCCGGAGUCGGAAUUUGAAGGAGGCAUCUACCAUGGCCGCGUAAUUCUACCCCCAGACUAUCCCAUGAAGCCGCCGAGCAUCAUUCUUUUGACGCCUAAUGGACGCUUUGAGACCAACAAGAAGAUCUGCCUGAGCAUCUCUGGCCACCACCCUGAAUCAUGGCAGCCGUCGUGGUCCUUGCGCACUGCUCUGCUGGCAAUCAUCGGUUUCAUGCCAACUCAUGGAAGUGGUGCGAUUGGGUCCCUGGAUUACAGUCCCCAAGAACGAAAGCAGCUCGCGAAAAAAUCUCAAACGUGGAGCUGCCCCAAUUGUGGCCCGGUAGCUAAGCUGCUCAAAGAACGCUCACAAGAACCACAGGACAUAGCUGCUGACAAGGAGGCAAGGGAGCAGGCUGCACAGAUCAUGUUCAAGGAUGCUAGUGAGAGGCCCGGCAUGCCCAAGACUGCCGAAAGCAAGGCUACCGACCAGACGACAACGUCAGCAACACUACCACAGUCAAGCGACUCCAACAGCCAAGUACAGCCAUCAACCAACUCGGAGAAUAAAGCGGCAAAUGCAAGCGGCAGUGCCGCUAGUGACACGUCCCCUGCAGCUCAGGGCACCCAGUCAGCUUUGGCCACUGGAAGCACCACCGAGGAUACACCAGACAUGGUGAAGCGUCGGCUCGCGGCAGCGCGAAUCUUGGCCCAGCGUGCCGAGCGUCUGGCACAGCAACAGCAGCCACUCGCUGUACUUGCUGAGGAGACGGGCACAGCAAAUCGCACGACAAGGGCAAGCUCGGGAGACAAUUUGCGCAUGGCAUACAAUGCGGCGAUCUGGAUUGUUGGCAGUGCCUUUGUGGGCCUGCUCAUACGGCGCGUCUUUUUCUUGUGAUUAGUGAGGACACAGCAAAGCGGCACGGACUUGACAGAGACUGCUUGUGUCGUCACAUGCGCCUCGUGCAUCGUGAUCGUCAACAUGUGCGUGGUGUGCUAGGCCACUGUCUGAACCAGCUGCUUUGAGUGGGCAGUGACGGAACGGCCCGCCUGCCUUGUGUAGCGAAAUUGACUGAGUAUUGCUGCGAGCGCGCCAGUUGUCGGGGGUCGUCAAUCUUGGAAAAAAGAACGAAAGAAACAACUUUUUUGGUGGUGAUAUGCCCUGUGCUAGUUCUGUCGGGUGAUGAUGCGACUUGCAGAAGCCAAGUUGGCUGCUAGGAGGGGCUUCCUCGGCUUGUGGCACCACAACGAGACGUCUUGCGGUUCAAAAUUCCACAUUGCUGUUUUAUAGGUGGAUGGUUUGCACUCCAGCGCAAUAGUGAGAAAUAAAAUGCUGCUUCGCUAGCAAAUGAGCUUCACAGUAGGCUUUAGUCUGAGAGGAAGCAUAAUUGAUGCGAGAGUGCUGCAUGACACACCGAGCGUUUAGUGCCCUUGAUGUCUUGCUCAGCUGCACGGAACUUAGAUAUUUAGGAAUCAACUUUAGUAUAAAUAUGUGUAUAUAAAGCUAGGCGCUAGUUGUCUAAGGAAAUAUCCACAACAUGCCAGGACACAAUACCUAAAAUUACGUGAGCCAGCUCAAGAGAAUCUAUUGCGAGUUAUGUAACCAGCUGUUUUUCUGCACAAUAGAUGCCAAUUUGACUUAAGCAUGCAAAUAAGGUAUAAAUAUAAGGCAUUACAGCAGGGCAUUCAGCUGUGCUGUCACUGGUAAAAGUACACAGUAGAAACAUUGCAGAAAUGUUUUAAAAGCCACUUUACGUGACUGGAACCGGCGUUGGGCAGUACUAUAUACCAGUAAUGCUCAGAAGUAGCCGUUCCACUGGGCCCAGUGCCAGCUUUUGUCACGUGCAGAGUAAAUUUGGAACUUCUGGUAAAUACUGUACGUAUGUCACCGUGAACUAUGCAUAGUUCAUACUGGAAAGCAAUUUCAAAUGGCACUGUUGAUGCCAUUUUCAUGUGUGGGUUGCUCAUAAAGUAUUAAAAAAAAUGUUCCUGUGCUCAAGCAAAUGUCCAAAUGGAUGCACAGUAACCUGGAAUGGUGCCUCCCUCCUCUAUCGCAGUGAAUAAAUUGAUUUUUCCACACCA